AUGGAUGUUGCAGUUGGUUUGGCAAGGGCAAUAAUUCUUCUAUCUAAUCUUCAUAUUUCUAAAGACUUGGACGAUGAUUCCUUGGCUCGAAGUGCCCUUCAGCUGUUGGUCUUGGCUUUAGAUAAAUGCAAAAGUCUAGAGGUUGAGUCUAAGAAGGCUGUAGAGGAGAAUAUCAGGCUUCAAGUUGAGGUUGCCAACCUUAAUAAACUGAAUAAAGACCUUGGGAGAAACGUGGCAUGCGCUGAAAAAUCUAAGGCAGCUCGUGAUGUGGCUUCUCACUUUAAGGAUCUCUAUGCCUUUCUCAAAUCUUACUUUGCAACCUUACAAUGA